AUGGAAGGGGAUGGGAUGGAUCAGAAACGAGAACAUGGAGAUCAGCAGAGAGGUGAUCAUAAACCCAAUUUGCUGGCAAUGCAGAAUCUUGAAGCAGAUUGCAAAGAAUACAGAAAAACUCAAUGUGUCCAUCCUCUCACGGGGUAUCUCAAACUAAAUGCUAUCAUUGGAGGACUUGUUUUUGGUUAUUACAUUGUGAUAGUGCUUCGUGUUCUAGUUGUUGCUUGCAUGGUAACUACUGGGAAGAUAUUCAUAGCUUUGGGGAUUGGAACAAUAUCCAUGACUUCACCUAUUUACAUAUCAGAAGUUUCUCCACCUAAAUCUCGAGAUACCCUUGUUAGCAGUAACUAUUAUCUUUUUGCCGUUGGGAAAUUUAUCUUCUUAUGCGUCGAUAGUUACCUUACUGCAUUUGCAACCAGUCAGGACCCUAUUGGGUCUACAGAUUACAUCAUUGCGUUGGCAGGGUUUCCGGCUCUACUUCAAUUUGUGCUGAUGUUAUCGCUUCCUGAUUCUCCUAUUUGGCUAUACAAAAGGAACCGGGAAGAGGAUGCAAUUGAAGCUUUGAGGAGACUUUACAAUUUCUGUGAAGUUGAGAAAGAGUUUGAUGCCUUAAGGUUGUCAGUUACAAGUGAAACAGCUGGUCAAGAUGAGAAAAGUUAUUCUGAAAACAGUUACUUGUUUAAGAUUCGAACUGCAUGGAGUAGUCCUUUAGUACGUAAACAGUUUGUUAUUAGCAAUGGUCUUCUAGUUGCCCAACAAUUAAUCGGUGAAACUGCGAUAAUUUAUUGCAUUCCCAGUAUCGCUAGGAUGGGUGGCUUAGCAUCACCAAACCCUGAUUGGGACAUCUGGUUCACGAAGUUCACUUACUGGAUAUAUUGUGGUCUAAUGGCUCUUCCUGGUGGAAUUGUUGGCUCAUAUAUUUUGGUGUCAAGGUUUGGGAGGAGGAGGCUUACACCUGGCGGUGCUUGCUUGACUGCAGAACCUAAUGGAACAUCGCAAGCUUGUUUUGCCAAAACUCGAAUCUGGCUCACACAAGAUUCGCUCACACAAGAAUGCCGAAUGAAAGCUCCCGCUGUAGCAACUUUUUUUUCGUCAGCAGGUUGCCAUGUUUCUUAUUCAGUCGUGCUUGGAACCAUCCCAUGGAUGAUAAACUUAAAGAUCUACCCGGCAGAAGUUAGAGGCAUGUAUGGUGAGAUGGCUGCGACUACAAACUGGAUCUCCUUCCUCAGUGUGAUCGUAUUAUUCCUUCUCUUGAAUAAAGCUAUAGGCUCCCUAUUCACAAUUAUAUUCAUCAGUUUGAUUUCUGUCAUUGUUACCCAGUUGAUCAAAAUGUUAAUACCUGAAAACAAAGGCUUUUUCUUGUCGGGAGAGGUUGGAAGAAAAAGCACGUAG